UCUCCGCCAUUCCCUUUCUCUUCUCUUUCUUUCUCGGUGCUUUGUCUCUCUUUGAUCUUGCUCCCAGAGCUAGUCUUUCCGGUGAGGUCAAUUCUGGAGUUCGAUUCUGCAAUACGCCAUUGAUGCUCUGAGAACCGACGGCCAAGAGACGAGUUGGACAGCGGUUUACUUUUCAGAUGGGUAGGCUUGGGUCUACCGUGGAAAUCCCAGAAAGAAGACAUCGAUCUGAUCGAGAAAGCGCCGCCCACCGCUACACUCCUGACUCCGAUGCGUCCGGUGGCGAUUACCGUCGUCGUAGCCCUAGCUACGAAAGCUACGAUCGCUACAACCAUCGACGCCGGUCUGAUUCGCCGCGAUACCAUGACGUUAGACGAAGCCCUAGGUCUGAUGGAGACCGAAACGGCCUGCCCAAGAGAUUUGGGCGCGCCGGCGGGCGGGCCUAUCUGGACAGGAAUGGGAGACAGUCUGAAGAGUCGGAAUCGGACGAGGAGCUGAAGGGGUUGAACUAUGAGGAGUAUCGGAGGCUGAAGAGGCAGAAGCUCCGGAAGACAUUGAAGCACUGUAUUUGGAGAGUCACCCCUAGCCCACCCAGGAAUGAUAACGACGAUUUUGAGGAGAAGGCGGAUGAGAUUUUGGAUAAAUGUGGCGACGACGGUGGAUAUAGAAGUGGCUCCGGCGAGAUAAAGCAACAUGAAGAAAAAUAUGAAUCUGACAAAACUAAGAAUUCCGACUCUGGUUCUGAUUCUGAAUUGUCUGAUACAAAAUCGAAAAAGAAGAGAUUGAAGAGUUCAGGUUCCAGGCAUAGAAGUAGAAAAUCGUCACGUAGUGAUACAGAGUCAGGAAGCGCGAGCGAGAGUGAAAGCGAAUCUGAGGAAGAAAGUCGGAGGAGAAGAAAGAAGUCGAAGAAUCGGAGGAGGAAUAGAAAACAUAAGAAUAGUAGUAGUAAGAAGAAGAAGAGUAUGUACAGCGAUACAGAAGACGGUGAAGAAAGUGAGACAGAUGAUUCUGAUGUUAGUGACCGUGUUAGGUCGAAGAAAAGGGGUCGUAGUAAAAGGACCAGGAGUAGUAGGAAGAGGAGGUACAGUGAUAGUGAUACGGAUGAGGGUGAGGAAAGCGAAGGUCGAAAAUUGAGGAAGUCGAAGACCUCAUCGAAAUCCAGGAGCAAGAGAAAAAGACAGUCAGAAACCGAGAGUAAGAGUCCCGCUUCUGAGGAGAAUUCUGGUUCUGAAGACGUAGAUGCUAAUAGUAAAUUAAAGGUUGAUGGAGAGAAGAUGACUGAGGUUAAUGCUGAAGCAUUGAAGAUUAAGGAAAUUUUGGAGGCACAAAAGAAACCUGCGUUUGAUAAUGAGAUGCCGGUUGGACCAAUGCCAUUGCCAAGAGCUGAGGGCCAUAUUAGCUAUGGUGGUGCUCUUAGGCCAGGAGAAGGUGAUGCCAUUGCACAGUAUGUUCAGCAAGGGAAGCGUAUUCCACGACGUGGUGAAGUGGGACUUUCAGCUGAGGAAAUUCAGACCUUUGAGACCCUUGGGUAUGUGAUGAGUGGUAGCAGGCAUCAGAGAAUGAAUGCAAUCCGUAUUAGAAAAGAAAACCAAGUCUACAGUGCUGAAGAUAAAAGAGCCCUUGCAAUGUAUAACUAUGAAGAAAAAGCAAAACGUGAGCGGAAGGUGAUGGAUGAUCUUCAGCGGCUUGUUCAACGCCACAUAGGUCAUGAUGUUGGCCCUUCGCAUGAUCCUUUUGCCGCAUAACCUCAUAUGGUGCCAUAUUUGAAAUAUUUUUUAUUUCACAAUUUAUGCAUUUUCAUGUAAUCUUUCUUAGGGCAGGAGGAAAAAAUGUCAUGCAAGGAUAUGUGAAUCACUGCUAGAGAAAUCUUCUGGUUGUAUUCAUGGAAUAAUUUGGUGGUUCUAUACUCAUGCAACUUAAGAAACAGUAAAUGUUAGAACUUUACUAGUGAUGGCAUGGUAGUACUGGCUCUUCUAUUGGCUUUUGAGAGAAUUAAAGAGUAUUUUCUUGUAUGUUAAAGCCUCAGUGAUCACCAUGAGUAUACUUUGCCCAUAUUUCUUUCA